AGAGAGAGAGAGACUGACUCCCACUGUUCGCGUCGGGAGCCUGAGCGAGAGGCAGAAGCGAAAGAAAGACUGUCACACAGCCUGGCUUGCAUGCUUUAACUUGUUCUCAUGUAACCGCCCGUGAAGGAAAGAACCACAAGAAGAAAAAAAACAAAGAACAAUUGCGUGGAUUUACAAAUGCUUUUAAAUCCCGUGACCACUGACCAGGGAAUAUGAGCCGGCUAUGAGAAGUUGUUUGAUCCGACCGGACGUGCGAGCGCUGCCGGCUCCAAUAAAGAAACUCAUGAAUGGAGGUUAACAGUGGAAUGAACUUUGGUCCACAUGUAGAGAGUUUGCCUGUCAGGUCUCAUAAAGCGCGAGGAGUUAGCAGAAGUCAGUGGAUGAGGUGGGCUGUUCUCCAUAACCCAUUAUGGAUAUCAACUACUGGCUAUUUACCCAUCUCAAAACAUCCUGUCUGAAAGGCUCCUGCUCCGUAACACCUCCCUGUGUUUGAGCUGGGACACCCGGGACUCACAGGCUGUGGACAUCAUGACACAGAUGGACUACAAGUACAGCCUGCUGGGCUCCACGGUGGAGGAAUACCGCAAGAGACCGCUACUCCUGCAGGUGGAUGAAACACCUAUGAACCUGUUUGCAAUUCUGGAGGUGAAACGGGAUCUACCAAGGCGAUGGAGCAACCUGGGGUGGUUCCGAAAGAUCCGUGUCUACAGCUUCCUGUUUGGCCUGGCUGUCAUGUUCCUAAUCACGGCUUCAUACAUUCUGACUGGGGACAAAAAGGGCCUUCUCCUCACCCCUUCUCCCUAUCACUUCAGCAGCCUGGUCAGCCCAGGACCUUUAACCUUUAAUCUCUCCUCGGUCAAGGAUUACAUACAUAUUAAAGUGGUGGUCAAAUCCAUUGCAUCUAAGGUGGAGUUUCAGAGCAGUAGACAGCUUCCGGAGCUUAAAGCACUGGUUAAGAGUGAGCCACAUAUGUUUUCUGUUAUCCCUCGCAAAUUUCUGCCUGGUGUGAAGAACCCAUGCUGGUAUGAGGAAUACGCUGGGAAUAUCACUUCCGACCCAUACAGGACAAACUCAUAUGGACGCUAUUCGCGACGCUUCAGAACAGUUUUCCAGCACUUGAGGAACACUUUCCAUGAACAUUUGCUUCAUCACAACAGGAAACUCUACCGCAUGCGGUGCCUUCCUUAUUUCUAUAUCAUUGGUCAGCCAAAGUGCGGCACAACAGACCUGUACGAUAGACUGAAGCUGCACCCGGACGUCAAGUUCACAACUUUCAAAGAGCCACACUGGUGGACCCGCAAACGAUUUGGUAUCAUUCGUCUCAGUGAGGGCUUCCAUGAUCGAUACCCAGUGGAAGACUACUUGGACUUGUUCGAUCAGGCUGCUUACCAAAUCCAGGGCAACCUCACAGCAAAUACCAGCGGAUCCAGCCAACCUAAUAUGAUCAUAGGAGAAGCCAGCGCAUCCACCAUGUGGGAUAACAACGCUUGGGUAUAUUUCUAUGACAACACAACAAAGGGAGAGCCUCCCUUCCUUAUCCAGGACUUCAUCCAUGCCCUGCAGCCUGAUGCCCGCUUCAUUGUCAUGCUCAGGGAUCCAGUGGAAAGGCUGUACUCUGACUAUCUUUACUUCGGUAGUGCCAAUAAGUCUGCAGAGGAUUUCCACGAGAAGGUGUCAGAGUCACUGCAGUUGUUUGAGGGGUGCCUUACGGAGUUCACAAUGCGCUCCUGUGUGUACAACACCACCGUCAACAACGCCAUGCCAGUCAGAUUGCAAGUUGGCUUAUACAUUGUGUACUUAAUGGACUGGCUGACCGUCUUCAGCAGGGAACAAAUUCUGGUCCUGAGGUUGGAAGACCAUGCCUCUAACAGGAAAUACACAAUGCAUCAAGUCUUUGAGUUCCUUAACCUGGGGCCGCUGACAAAAGAAAUUGAGUCAGAAAUCACAAGAAGCCCAGCGUCAAACACCAGGAGGCCAGCUGACAAAAACCUAGGACCCAUGCUGCCCAUCACUAAAGACAUCCUGCGGGACUUCUACACGCCGUUCAAUGAAAAAUUGGCCAAAGUGCUGCAGAAUGACUCCUUCCUCUGGGAGAAUAACUCUAAACUCUGAACAUCACAACAUCACAACUCCUGUUAUUUUAGUAAAAGAAAGAAAGAAAGGAAAAAAAAAAAAAUACCACUGAUGUGUCAACCAGCCCCUUUGGACUUCAUCUCUCUCAAGUGCCCAUUAAAAAAACAAAACAAUAAAAUCUAUGUUUUUUUAUUUAAAUUAUUUUUUUAAGUUAUAAAAGCAGAGAUGAAUCAAAGAUAGAAAAAUAGCACAAGCAAGUGUGGUGGUUUUGUGUGAGAGUGUGUGUGAGAGAGUUGUUCUUGGCCUUGAUUGUUGUUGUUGUUUUUUUUUAACCAGAUGUACAAAUAUUAAAUAGUGAAACUGAAGAUA